GUCUGUAUUUCAGUGCAAUCAUCUGGAGCCUGUGUUUGUAAUAAAAAGUAGACCCCUUGUGGUUAUAAAGGGAAAUAGAUGCAGAGAGCUUAACCGAGUGGGAGGCGGCAACCUGACCAGACAAUCAUAGACUCUCUCAGAGCUGUUAUAGCUGUUUGUUCUGGUCGGAAGAAGUCAUCAAGGAGCCUGCAGGAAGAGAAAAGAUGGAGAAUGAGAGCAAGAGGAAGAUGAAGGAGAGAUUUGGCCUGAGGCGGGACAUCUUUAAGGAGUUCCUGGCUGAGUUUCUGGGGAUAUUUGUCCUGAUACUCUUUGGAUGUGGUUCAGUGGCCCAGACGGUGCUGAGUAGAGGGACUCUCGGGGAGCCCUUGACCAUCCACAUUGGUUUCACUCUGGGAGUCAUGAUGGCUGUCUACCUGGCAGGGGGAGUGUCAGGAGCCCACUUGAACCCUGCAGUCUCUCUGGCCAUGGUGAUCCUGGGGAAGCUUCCUCUGAAGAAGUUCCCUGUGUAUGUGGUGGCACAAUUCCUGGGGGCUUUUGCUGGAUCCUGUGCUGUCUAUGGGUUGUAUUAUGAUGCUUUGAUGGACUAUACCAAUGGAGAAUUUGAGGUUAUUGGUGCAAAUGCCACGGCCAACAUAUUUGCCUCAUAUCCUGCAAAACAUCUCUCAGUCGUAAAUGGCCUUGUUGAUCAGAUAAUUGCAACUGCCGCGCUGAUCCUGUGCAUCCUGGCCAUCACUGACAGGAAGAAUAUCGGUGCUCCAAAAGGCAUGGAGCCUCUGUGCAUCGGCCUGAUCAUCAUGGCCAUCGGAGUGUCCAUGGGUCUGAACUGCGGCUAUCCAAUCAACCCGGCACGAGACCUUGGCCCACGGUUGUUCACGGCUGUGGCCGGGUGGGGGAUGGACGUAUUCAGAGCCGGAGGUUGCUGGUGGUGGAUCCCUGUGGCAGGACCCAUGGUGGGCGGAGCAGUAGGAGCGGGCAUUUACUUCCUCUUCAUUGAGUUGCACCAUCCUGAGCCUGAAAAACAGGAGGAGAACAACGUCCAGGACAAAUAUGAAAUGAUAACUAUGAGUUAAAAUUUAGAUCAAGGCUUGCAAAGCAACAACGCAGCUGGUUUUCACCCUCAGAAGGUAAAAAUGUUCAUCAAUGAAGCGGUUUAUACAUUUGUACAACAAAAAGUCUGAGAAAAUUUACAGAUAAUGUUUAAUAUAAAGCAUUCAUCUGUCUAUACAAUUUUGUAGUCAUUUAUAAAAUAUGCAUGGAUGUUUUAUGAAGCCUUUAAAUUCUCUUCUGUUUUUUCUCUUAGAAGGACUGGUCUAUUUCUAGGUUCCUGGUUUUAUCUGCCUGGGGCUCUUUCAUAUUUCAAAAUAUUAGACUUGCUUGAUGAACAUAUUCUCUUUGGACAUCAAGCUUUACCUUUAAUUCUAUGAAAUCAUAACCUACUAUGGAGAGUUUCCUCUGCAUUGUAGCUAUACACUUUUCUUUUUUAAAGUCUCCUAUUUCCUAACUGGGAUCGUCUCCUCUCGUUAGAAAUAUUUGCCAAGUUUCUGUACAGCAUUUUUGUUUUUACUACUGUCUACCUAACAAACCGGGGCAUUACAUAUAUGUAGCACUUAGGAGACAGUUGAUUUAAUGUGGAAAUAUAGUAAUUGAUGUUACUUUUAGCCAAGUAAUUAUGUGUUUGGUGGAGUGACUUCCUUAUUCUAUUUCACUUCAUCCUUUGCAUAUGUGUAAAAAAAAAAAAAAGUGUGAUUGAUUGCUUCAUCAUGCUUACAGCGUUGUAGUUUUUAUAACACAUUAUGUAGAAAAUCCAGCCUUAAAUGAUUCUACUGGCAUGCUUACUUUGUCAUCAUCUCCGUAAUACCGUGGCACACGAAGUUGUGUUAUAUUGCUGGAUUACAAAUUUACUCGUUACAGACACCCUUGGUAUUGAAAAGCCAUAACUUACAUGAGUGUAAAAAAUAAAAUAAAAACAUGUUAAUUUCCAGCAGAAGCUUUUCCUAAUGUUUCAGAAAUCCUUUUUGAAUUGUGUCAGUGCACAUGCUGUAUCAGGGGCAAUAUGCAAACACUGACUUUAAACUGUUUACAUUAAAAACUCUUCUGAGCUGAGGUAAAAUGUGUAAUAAAGCACAAAUUUAGGAGUUUAGCUUUGUUUCCAACAACAAAUUGCAAAAGGGACAAUACUACUUGGAAAUGUAAAAUGGAAUGACCUUUAUUAAUCGUGUUUUUGUGAUUCAUAAUGCUUCAUAUCCUGUGAGUACAGAAAUAUGAAUUUCAAAGACAGGCCAUGAUUUAGAAUAAUAUGACUUGUAACCCAGCCUGGAAGACAACAGGAUGCAUAUAGACCUAUGCUGAUGUUAAUGCAGGUAUCUGACAUUUGAACAUGCAUUUGUACAUACACAAAUUGUGAGAUUAUAUUGCACUGCACUGAAUGUCAUUUUACAACACAUGACAAUUGUUUGGCAAUAUGACAAUCAUUUAAAUUUCAGUUGUUUUUUUUUGUUUUUGUGAAACAGAAGCCUGAGGCACACACGUGAAACAGAGAUUUUUCUAUGACGUGGAUUAAACAUGCAGUGCAUCUUUUGGGACUGCUUUCACCAGAACCAUCGUUAACACUCAUGCAGAGUGCCCAUUAUACUUCAAACCCUGUUUGUGGCUUACAUUUGAAUCAGAAUAAUUACAGUAUGCAUGUUUGAAAAGCAGUUGAAGGUGUUUGUUUCACUGUUGUUCAGUGAAAUGGCGUACACUUGAUGUCAGUGCUUGGGCCAGAGUGGCAGCCUGUCAGGAAGUAAAACUUUAUCUUUUUGUAUGUUUUUUGUUGUUGUUGCUUAUUUGCUUUUUCUAAGGUAGUUACAUAAAAUGAUCUGUCUUUGUCUGUCUGAAUCAACUGUUUGCCCUUUUACUUAAUGUUGAAUAAAGUAUGUUGAAAUUA